AUCGUGAUGCAACGUCGGACUUGCAAGGAAGCAACUCGAAGAAAGGCGAAGAGAGUUGCCUGAAUAAAAAACGACAGAUGAGCCCCGCGUGAGAGAUAAAGUGAAGAUGUGUGCGUCGGGCCCUCUGCCAUCCUUACCAGCACCUCAUCGCCUACUUCCCCGACGGCUUGGACCCUGCUUUUAAUAGCAACCCCUCUCUGUCCCCCGCCAGAUCUCCCUUCCGAGCGUUACAGCACUGCUCCACCCACUCUGCGCCGUCAUCGUCGCCAUCAGCCGCAGCCUCCAGGCAUACACUCAUAUAUAAUUCGAACAAGACAGCUUAUAGUCCCCGCCUCUCCCGUUUUCCGGACGCUGUUGUCGUCGCUUACACACGUAUAUCUUUUCACUGCUGCACCGCCACAGUCACUCAACUUGCGCAUCCCUCCAUUCCCGACAACUAGCCGCGUCAUCCCACCGCCACGGAAAGUCGUGCGUCAACUUCCCGAUGAUGCCUUUCAAAAAGGGCCCUUCGAGUGCCAAUAAUGCCGCCCUGCCAUAUCCCCUCACCACGGAGGAACAAGCGAGACUUAUGCUACAGGAAUACGCAGACAACAACGCCAAUAGCUACAGGACGGAACCAUAUUCGCCACCGGCAGCACUCGCUUCGCCAGACUUCGACAUGCGGAACCUCAGCGACGCACUGCCAACGCCUCAGCAAUCGAAAGGCAAAGGACUGGAGAUACCGGGAUCCCUCAGGGCUGGCGGUGCGCCUCAGAGCCCACUGAAAAGCAAGGAGAAGGAGAUUCCCGAUUCGCUCAGAGUCGGCGGGGGAGGGAGUGGACGAGUAUCGCCGGCGGGAGACAGAUCGGAUGGAGAGGUCAAGAGGUCGAGCACCGAGCUACGGAGAAACUACCAGAGGGGUGAUGUACCGGACAUCCUGCGUGCCGGUGCGAGCCGAAAAUCCGCCGAGCUGCAACGACCCGUGUCGCCCGGGCUUCCGUCGUCGUUGAUGGCCCCAAGUGCGCCCAAAUCGACGGCACCAAGUGCACCCAAAUCGAUGCUGGCACCAAGUGCGCCCAAGUCGAUGUCGGUUCCACUAGUCCCAGCGGCACCACCGCUGCUGCCAUCACCUGCAUCGCCGGCACCCGCACCGCAAACGCCGGCGCCGCAAACACCCCAGCCGUUGCAGACUACUCCCAGUUCGGAUCACUCUUCACCCGCAUUGAUGACGGCCAGUUUAUCUGCUACCGACCGCCCUUUCCAUGAGUAUUCGCCCUUCUACAGCCCACCCAAUAUCGUAGAACGUUCCGACCCUUCGCAACAGCUCCCGCCUGUGCGUCCACCCAUCGCGCCCUCGAACUCAGACGACGAGAGGCAACGGAACUAUUCGAUUGCAUCCACCGCAUCCACCUUCUCUGUUUUGGAGCCUGGCGCGGAUCUGUCUUCGUUCGACGCUUCGUUCAGUCGCGCAUUGCCGGGGUGCCGCGGGGAGCCAGUGGUGGGGAUGGCAGGCUGGCAGGAAGCGGCGCAUGAGGAGGAGAGUGCGGCAAAGACUUGGGAGGAGGAUCUCGAGCGACGGGCUAAGGUUGGCACGGAGCUGCAACGUAGGGCAGAAGAGGCGCAGAUGAGGAUGCAUGAAGAGAAACUGCAACAGCAAUUCUGGGAGCAGGAACAGCUCGACUGGACCCAACAGGCCGAGAUGACUGCACCUGCUAAGCCGCCAAAGGAGCUCAUAACGGGGCCUGGAGUGGCCGUUCCGGCUGCGCUGGCGCCGAACAAUCCAUGGAAUGAUCGAGACGGGAUGGUGACGCCGACGCCAACUCACCCUCCUUCACGUCAACCGUCGCCAGCUGUGCCUGUGCCCGCUGUAGUAUCAUCCACGCCGCUGCUUCCUAGGAGGACGGUAGAUCCAACCACGGAAAUUUACACAAUCAAGCAAGUAAACCUAGUCUCGCCGCUUUCGGGCUCGCUGCACCGGUUUCCAAUCCUGCUUCAGAAUGCAAAUGGACCAUGCCCGCUCAUGGCGCUCGUAAAUGCAAUCACUAUAUCCACCCCUCCUUCGGAGAGGUCGGCUCUGUCCGAGGUUCUGCGGCAACGGGAACAAGUGUCAUUAUCGCUACUCCUCCAAGGUGUGUUCGAGGAGCUGAUGACACGCACCCAAGACGGACGACCCAUUCCGGAUGUUGGGGACAUGUUUGCGUUCCUGAUCACCCUGCACACGGGGAUGAAUGUAAAUCCGCGCUUCAACGUGCCAGCCGGUUCUCUUGGGGCGUUUGAGCCCACCACAGAGCUAGACCUCUACGCAGCUUUCUCGAUACCACUCGUCCACGGCUGGCUCCCGACUCCGGGCUCUCCUGCCGCCCAAGCACUCGAGAAGUCGGCGAAGACAUAUGACGAGACGCAAACGUUGCUCUUCGCGGAAGACGAAUUGAUCACCAAAUUGACGACUUACAGCAAUGCGGUAGCCUCCUCAGCGGAAAACCAAAUUCUCCGUGACGCACCAGUAGUGCGCGAAUUCAUCGAGAGCACGGCAACGCAGCUCACGCCAUACGGUCUGGACACGCUGCGGCGCUUCCUCCCUGAACUGAGGCCGGCGAUCCUGUUCCGCAACGACCACUUCUCGACGAUCGUGCGGCUGCACGACGGUGACCUCGUGGCGCUGGUUACGGACAUGGGCUUUGCGGGGCACGAAGAGGUGGUUUGGGAGCGGAUCGCGGACGUGAACGGCCGGGGGAACGUAUUCCUCUCGGGCGACUUCCGCGCCGUCGGCGGCAACGGACAACCCACGGGCUCUCCGCCUCCGCCGCAGCCACCGAGACCCCCGCCGCAGCAGGUACAGAGCAUGCUCAACCCCGACGCGGCGCCGCCGCCCCCGCCGCCCAGAGCCCCCUCCACACAGCACGCACCCCCGCCCGACCACCACGACGAAGACUAUGACCUCGCACUGGCAAUGCAGCUACAAGAGGAGGAGGACGCGCACGGGCAACAACAAUACCAGCAACACCAGCAGUACCCACCACCGCAACACCCACCACCGCAACACCCCCACCCCCAAAACGCCCACCAACGCAGCCAAUCCAGCAGCCACCUCCAACAGCCACCCACGCUUCCCCCGCGGCAAGCGGGCGGCACCACGCCCCCGCCACCCUACGACUUCGGCCCCGCCCGCAACCGCGCACAGAGCGCUGGCAACCCUCCAGGACCCGCAACCAACUCUGGCGGCGGCGACGGGAGAAGCGCUUGGAUAGAGAGCCAGCAGCGGCUUACGGCGAGACGUGGCAGCGGCGUUCACAGGAUCGAUCCUAUUGCGCCGACCGCGGCCGGGGGCCCGGGACAUGGCAAUGGACAUGGCAAUGGCAAUGGCGAUAGGCCUCCGAAGGAGCCGUGUGUUAUUAUGUGAUGUGGGCGGUAUAGCGAGGGCAGGGGUGGGGUGGGGGACGGGUGCUAAGGUGUUGGGGUGUAUUUUUAUUGUGGUUGUGUGCUUU